AUGGACCCUUCGCUACUCGAAUACGCUCGUUUUCACGGAAUCGCUAGUGACUACUUGGCCAUUAACCCGCUAACACACGUUGACGACACUUUCGGACACGGUGUAGACGAUUUAUUGCCUAACAAUCUUUCUAGGUACAGUGAUCGCCUUCAAACUGCUCGCUCGGCUCUCAAAGAACGAAUCCGUGGAGAGAAAAUACGGGCCUCGAAAGGAAGCGCUCGUUUCCUGACAGCGCUUAUUCGGGAAGCUCAGACGGGCAUCGUCGUCAAUUGGGACGAUAUCCUACCGGAAUUUCACCGCUAUGAUGCUGCAGUCGAAUCGCCUAUCUUUAGUCUACAGCGGGAGACUGAUGUGAACUUGUCGAGGAGCCGUUUGCGGUACGUCGUGAGCGACAUCGAAUUGCCUCAUGGAUCGCAAGAUAUAUCCAGCGGUUCUGGUCCGAGUCCACUUGAUCGCAUGGGAACGAAUGGGUCUCGCUUGCUUGAUGAGGUCAAGAAGAAUGAUAGAGUCAGAUGCUCGAAGCAAUCGUUUUCGCUCAUACAGACCAUCAGAAGCAAUGCUGGGCCGUCGGUGAAGGAGCUCGAAGAUAUUCUGGGAAUGCUGCUGAAGUGUGUUCCGGUCGAGCCAGAAUCCGACGUCCUCCCAUUGACUGCCGAUUAUCUCCCUCCGAGCCCGACGCCUGCUCCUGAAGACCACAUGCUGCCGAGCCCGGUGUCCGCAGCUUCGAUAGAGUUCGAUCUGUUUUGUCGCAAAACGGACUACGGGAAGCCUAUGUUGGAUCAUGCAUUCGAAAAGACACCACUUUCUUUCGGCCGUGGUCGAGAUAUCCAAUAUGAGCGUGUCGAUUCACCUGAAAGGGCCAGCCCUAGUCAAGAUAAGCCAGUAUCCGACUCCGUUCUAAUCGUUGAGGAAGCUCCAUCACCUGCAAAGUUUAACAACACUGGCAAAGACUUAGAUGAGAAGAGAGCUCACCAAUUGGCUUCUGCAAACGAGGGCCAUAUGUCAAAAUCUGACGCGCCACAAAAACGAGCAGCUACUCCUGUGGCCAAACAACUUUCUCAGAAAAGACCAAAACAAGAGCCCUCCCCGAAAAGUUUGCAUGGAAGUCACGAUGCCAAACGCAAGGUUGAAACAUGUCAGCAACGCCAGGGUGGACAGCCACCACGCGUAAACCUAGGCUCCUUGUCCUCAUUUAUGGAGACAAGAGGGAAAAGCACGAGAAAACAGAUCUCCGCGGAGAGUCCCUACUUCCCAAGCAAGGACGGCCAGGGCCAGAACCAGAACACUGUCACCAAGCCUCCUAUCCCAGAACCACAAGCGCCGAAACAGAAACCAGACAUACCCACGAACAAGUCCACCCGCACACCUUCAUUCCCCGUCACCCAAGUACCACGAGUCCCCCCGAACCACGAAGGCCUAGUCCUCUUCAUAUCAACCGCGCUCCUAAAGUCCCACCUCCGAAUCAUCCAAUGCCUCGAGGGGGCAGAACACCCACCUAAACUUAUAUACAGAGACUAUCACACCGACACCGCAUCAAACCGCCGACCAAGACCGCAAUCGAAAGCCCCAGCACCGCUCCCAGCAGAAGCAGACAUAAUCCUCUCCCCGCAAACCGGCAUCUGCCUCGCAACCUCCCAAGCAACAAUGCAACUCUACCUCCCAGGCCACAAACCCACCUGCGCCGCUGGAUCGUCCCUGGCCAAAACCAUCAACUCACCUCUCCGCGAGUCGAUAUUCCGCCUUGCCCCCCGCUACGCACAGCUAUACGUCUUUAUAGCCCAUAAUCCGGACCAGUCGAAGCGCUCGAAAGCCCGUGCCUCGAACCCGCAACUCACGGUGGAUAAAGCCCUAAAUACCGCGCUGACGUCUUUAUCGGCGUUCUGCGCCUCGCUCGCUGACUAUAGCUGCGUAGUUCCGCUGCUUGUCCCGUCUGUGUCUGAGUCAAUAUCGGCGUGGAUCCUCGCCCUCGCGCAUAAACAUAUCUGUCGGCUUCCGCCGGCUGGCAUCCAGACGCAGUCUCAGUAUCGGAUUGCAUUUACGCCUGUUAACCCGAGACCGCAGCUGGUGGAAUUGUUGGGAGACACGCAGGAACGUGUUUGGGAGGGCUUCUUGAGGAGGACGGGGUUGAAUCCGUAUGCGGCGCAGGUUGUGUUGGCGGUCUUGAGGAGGGAGUAUGGAGGCCGCUCGGGGCUUUCUAGGUUUGUGGAGAUGUCGGGGGCGGAGAGGGAAAAGAUCUUUAGUGGACUGCUGGGUGACAAGGUUUUGAAGAGGGUUGCGGCGUUGAUUGAGAUGGACUGGCAGUGCGAUUGGGCGUUGAACUUCGGGGAUGGAAUAAAUUGA